GAGCGUAAGACUCUGUGGAAAACUACUCCCCCUUUUGUGAAAUUUAAGGGCAUCUGAUAAGAUGGUUUAUUAAAGAUGUUUUUUUGGAAUGCAUCAAGCCACAAUCAGUAAUCAUUUUAGUAUUAUCGUCACAGUAAGAAAUAGCCAUGGCAGAACUCAAAGUACCUGUAAGAGGGAAUGGAAAUUUGGAUUUGCCUAGCACUAUUAUAAUUGGGACCAGGAAGAGUCAGCUUGCUCGGAUUCAGACAGACACAGUGGCAGAGAUGCUGCAGAAACUUUACCCCAGUGUUCAUUUUGAGAUAGUUGGCAUGACAACUACCGGGGACAAGAUCCUUGACACAGCACUAUCAAAGAUUGGAGAGAAAAGUUUAUUCACGAAGGAACUGGAGAAUGCGUUGGAAAGGAACGAGGUUGAUCUUGUGGUACAUUCCCUGAAGGACUUGCCAACAACACUUCCUCCUGGCUUCACAAUUGCAGCUGUCUGCAAACGGGAGAAUCCUCAGGAUGCUGUUGUCCUUCAUCCACAAAACGCUGGAAAAACUUUAGACACUCUUCCAGAGAAGAGUGUGAUUGGGACCAGCUCACUGAGGAGGGCAGCACAGCUCAAAAAGCGAUUUCCUCACCUGGAAUUUCGAGACAUUAGAGGAAACUUAAAUACUCGUUUGAGGAAGCUUGAUGAAAAAAAUGAGUUCAGUGCUAUUAUCCUUGCUGCUGCUGGCCUUAAACGGAUUGGAUGGGAGAACCGGAUUAGCCAGUUGCUUGACCCUGAAGACUGUUUGUAUGCUGUGAGUCAAGGUGCCUUGGGAGUUGAGGUCAGGGCAAAGGAUCAGGUGAUAAUGGACAUGGUAUCUGCACUACAUGACCCUGACACUGUACUGCGUUGUGUGGCAGAGAGAGCAUUCAUGAGGCAUCUGGAAGGAGGCUGCAGUGUGCCUGUUGCAGUUCACACAUUGAUUAAAGACUCACAGCUGUAUUUAACUGGAGCUGUUUACAGCCUGGAUGGAUCAGACUGUCUGAAAGAUACAAUGCAAACUAGUGUGGCUUCCAUUUUACAGGAAGACAGCAUUACAGCAGAUUAUGUUCAACAUGUGGGAAUCACUGCAAAGAACAUUCCUGAUUCUGCAUUAGUAGCAGCUGAGAAGCUGGGAGUUGACCUAGCCAACCUGCUUCUGUGUCAGGGAGCAAAGGAAAUCCUCACUGUUGCAAGACAACUCAAUGAUGCAAAAUGAAGCUAGUGUUCUGUCUUUUUUUAUUUGUAACAUUGGUGGGUAUACUGAAAAUAUGAAGAAUAAGGAAGGACAUGAUGUUAAUUAUAAUAGUUGAGCCAUUGCAUUAACUGCACUAAAAGCAAGGUGCCUAUUCAUAAGACUGCCUUCAUAAUAUGUAUUUUCAGUGUUAAAUGUGUUAUUUUUUUCAGUUAAAAAUAACUGACAUAAUUAUAGUGAACAGCAUAUGUAGAAAAGACAGAAGAAUCUAUAAGCGUUAUAAUUCCAUUUGGGUAUUGGUUUGGUUGUAACUGCACAGGCAUCUUCUAAAAAAUAAGUGGUGCUACUCACCAUAUGUUUGAUAUCUACUCCACAAGAAAUGUCUGUCUGGGAGACUUUUCAGAGGAAAUCAAGAGAAAAUAAUUAUAUGUCAUUAGUUCGGUUGUUACUUAGCUAAAAGUCAGACUGCUCGUUGAAGAACACGUUUGUCAGUUUUGCUUGAAUCAUGGUGACAAAUGUAGUGCUAAACAAAAAAAAGUUUGAAAGUUGAAACAUUUGGAUAGUAGCAUUUUCUGUUCUGGUAUUUUGUAUUGCCCUGCUGAUGAUGGUGUAAUUAUGCUGUUUCUUAGUCUCUGUUUAAGAUCAUUUACUUGUCAUUUCUUCUCUUAGAUUUCCACUUGCAAAAGAAGUGAACACUAAGAAUUGUAUUUCAGUAUUAUUGAUGACCAUGAAGGUGGUUGAUAUGAGCUAAAUCUGUGGUUAUUCUUGUCCUACAUUGAAAGAUUGCAUGAAGUACCGGCACCAACAAAAGGGACAGCCACACACAGAAUUAAUAAAAACAAGUACAUACUUAGUAGACAUUUACCCUAACCAGCCCAUGAAGCCUUCAUGACUAAAAUGCUGUGUGCUGAUGAUUGAUGCUCACACAUGAUUAUACAACAGCGAAACAAAAUUAACCAGAUGAAUUUCAAAACUCGCUGCAGCACUUUUAAGAAUAACCCCCUCUCUCAAACAUACACCUGUCCCUUAAGUAUGCCAAUUAAAAGAUUGCUAUUCCUUGGGAUAAGGCUAAUUGGCUGGUAUAGUAGUCUCAGUAUUUUGGGAAACCUUAGUGAUUGAAUGUUAGAGUGUUGGAUCAGUAAUGCCAGACAUUUUUGCCUACCACAGGUCCAUUUGCUGAUUGUUUUAACAGGCAUCCCGGUGCUCUGGCUGAGUGUAACAAAAAGUGUGUACAUAAUGAGGUAUUGGAAAGGUUUUAUUUUUGGGCAGUGUUUUCAGAUACUCUCCAUCUUAAUGGGAAAAGAGAUAAGGAAAACAUGACCACAGUUUGGUGAUAUUGACAAUAGUGCUGAAGGUACAAAAAUUAAGAAAAUGAUCAUACCUUCAGAUUUGUGCUGCAGUAACUUUACAGUCACGUGACUGCAUUUUAUCAAUCGCAUAGUAAUAUGUCUCUUGUCUGUUAUCGGGGGAGUUCUUUAUAGCAUGCAUAAUCAUGUGGCUUUCUUAUGCAUAGUACUACUGUAAAAGAACACUGAUAAAGAUGUUGAAAUCUAAGGUAAUCACAAAAACUGUGCACCAUAUCCCGCAAUUUUUAUGUGAAUUUUUUAUCCCAUUUGUGUGUUUCUCUGUAUGCCAUUAUAAGUUGUACUAAAGACCACCCAUGCACAGCUCCCUUUUCAAGGGCUUGAUUGUUGUUCAUUUUGAAGUGCCUGCUGUUACAUUUUGGUGAAAAGAAAUAUAACUUGUUGAACCUGUUUACAAACUAUGCACAAACUACUGGAUUUAAUAAUGUAGAAGACAAUAAACAUUUAUCAUCAGA